AUGAGUUAUGAGAGCAGGUGAACUUUAAAAGGUAAAGGUAAAGGGACCCCUGACCAUUAGGUCCAGUCGUGACCGACUCUGGGAUUGCGGCGCUCAUCUCGCUUUAUUGGCUGAGGGAGCCGGCAUUUGUCUGCAGACAACUUCCGGGUCAUGUGGCCAGCAUGACUAAGCCACUUCUGGCGAACCAGAGCAGCGCACCGAAACGCCGUUUACCUUCCCGCUGGAGCGGUACCUAUUUAUCUACUUGCACUUUUGAUGUGCUUUCGAACUGCUACGUUGGCAGGAGCAAGGACCGAGCAACGGGAGCUCACCCCGUCACGGGGAUUCAAACUGCGGACCUUCUGAUCGGCAAGUCCUAGGCUCUGUGGUUUAACCCACAGCGCCACCCGGUGAACUUUGCCUAGGUUAUAAUUAAGUCAUCCCCAAGCACGUCUCAAAAUUGAUAGGAUUCCAUUAAUACUGGAGAUAAAGUACAGGAUCAAAACGGUACUGUUUUGUCCUCUUCAGUUGGCAACACUGCAUGCAGUGCCUGAUAUGGCAACUUUACAGAGGAAAAUUGUGGCCCUUGACCUUUGGUUCUACAUUUGCACCCUAUCACUUUGGGGGGCAGUGACAGGGUUUUCCACCUACUCCAUCAGUGAUAUUCCAGAGCAAAUUGGAUCAAAGCAACACACACACACACGUGAGUUGCAUACUUAAAUCUACUCAACAACUAAUGGGUUCUAACGGGCAGCAUAAGAGAAAGCAAUUUGAAAAGUCACUUGCUGCCAAACAGUGAUAGUGAGGGUCACUUGGAAGCUAUAACUCCAGCACACGGGUUUGAAGGGGGAGCCCUCUUCCCUUGGGACAAAACAUCUUGAGCCCACAGAGGGGUAUGGAAGUCUGCGUUGGACUCAGGGGUGCCAACUUGAAUAAAACAUUGGGGAAGGGCCAUGAUGCGGCGCGCGCACCCCACUUGAAUGGCAAUGCCCAUCAACUUGGAGGGGGCCCCCCUCAAAUAUUUUGGGUGGCCCGAAGACCCCUCGGCCCCUAGGUAUGGGUUCCUAGGGUCGGAUCCGUUGGAAAGGCCCGUGAGCUGUGUGGGGCUCCAGGCUGCCGUGAUCCCCCUCCAAAGCGCCUGCAGCUACGCUUAAGCGACGGCGCUGAACACGGGCGGGCGGGACUCCCUCCCCUGGCCGCCUCCUUUUCCGCCCCAGGAGCCUCAGGCUCCGCCUCCUCCUCCGGCAGGUGUGUUGCUCGGCGUCCUCCGGCUUCGCCGCCCGCUCACAAUGCGUGGCCGCCGCCGCCGCCGCUGCUUCUGCGCACUGGCAAGGAGGAGACCCGGCUGGAAGGAGAAGGGGAGGCGGGGAAGGCAAGGCAAGGAGAGCGUGGGAGAAAGAGUGGCGCCUCCUCCUCCUCCUCCUGCUGCUGCUGCUCCUCCUGCCGCCGCCGCCGCGUACCAGCGAGUGGAGCGCAGUCGAGGUCGUCCCGCUGCCAGAAGAAGUGCGCCUUCGCUGGGCGCCUCUCUCCCUCGGGCGCCGCCGCCGCCGCCGCCGCGGCUCCUCCUCAGAGCAGCCCGGGGACAAAGCGGGACGCGGCGUCUCCUUGAGAGGUGAGCGCGCGCGGGAAGCCCGGCGGGAUUAGGACGCGGCGCUCGCUCGCUCGCUCGGGCAGCUGAACCACCGGCUCGUGGACCUUCAAAGGGGGGGGUGAGGGGUCCCCUUACAAAUAUAUGCAUAAUGUUCUGCUGGUGACGUUGGUCGGAAGGGCACGGGGCGGAGGGGACGGCGGGCCCUGCUUAGCAAGAGGCGGCAGCAGCGCCUCAGCCGGGCUAAUUGCCCCAGUGCCGCAGAAAAAAAAAAAAGUCCACUUGAGUUCUGCGGCUCGUGAAGCGGAGCUUUCUGGGCUGCCCCUCAGCCAAUAACGAAGGGGGUUCUCUCUCUCUCCCCCCCCCCACCCGCCCCGUCUGCGCUGCCCGGUUGCCAGGGCAACCCCAAACAGCGCCUUAGAGAGGCCGGCGCCACUGCUGCAGCCCUCGCGUGCGGUUUCAAGUUGACUCGCAGGCGGCUCGGUUUCUGCGGAGCCUGUUGGGGAGCGCGGGCUGGGGGGGGGGGGGGGAAGGACAGCGCUACGGAGGAAACGGGCCGGGGUGGGGGUGGGGAGGCGGGAAGAGUUACGCUGGAGCAAAUGUGUUUGGGAUGGCAGUGUUGCUUUUCGUGUUGGUUUUGUGCCAUGCAAAGGAGGGGGGGGGGUUGGCAGGUGCUGCUUGUCCUGUUGAGCAGGAGGUGAGGAAAUGCCGCCGUUUUCCAUUCUGCACGACUAUUGAAGGCGCAAAGGCCGCCUCUUAGCGUUCGCUCCCUGCCUGUAAGAAUACAAGGCUGCAUAAUAGCGGGGAGCAGAAUUGCUUCUGGGGAGGGGUUCAAUCCACAAGUGGUUUACCACGGUUCUUUCGUUUCUCUGCAACCCUUUAGAUGAGGGAGGUGCUGUCUGACUACAAUUCCCAUCAUCAGGGGCCCUUGGCUGUGCUGCCUGAGGGUGAUGGGAGUCCCAGUGAAGAACAUCUGGACAGGUUCCCCUAUCACCGUUUCAGAUUAUUCUUCUGCUUUCGGGGAGUGUGUGCUCUGUACUUUCCAAUCUUCAGGUUGCUUAACAGGAAAAUGGACAAAAUUGUUAGGUGAUUUCAAUACCUUUCAGUGCAUAAAUGGCCAGGUGAUGCUGUUCAUCGUUGUGUGGUGGACAAAGCUGCUUUUUAUGAAUUUCUAUUAAAUAAAAGAUAUUUAAUUUUUUUUAAAAAAUGAAUUUCUGUCUUUCAUAGAGCCAUUAAAGGACACAGCAGACCUGCUGGAAAAUGUGCCAACCCUAUAUGAACUAUUCUUCUACUUGAGUUUCUUUUUGUGAUUACUUAAAAACUGUGCAGGACUGAAUUUAAUGUUUUCUAUAAUUAUACGUCACUUGGUCAUUUGAAACUAGGCUGUUACCUUGCUAUUAUUUUAGCGUCUGAGCAAAGUUUAAAUUGUUACCAAGGUGGUUUUUAAAAAGAUUACUUGGUGUGUAAAAGAUCUCAUUUAAUCUUUUUAAGAUUAUAUAUUUCAGUGCAAAUAAUACCCAGUGUUACUGGCAUUGAAAUAUAUAAUAUUAAUCUUUGCAGUACAAUUAUAUGCCUAUUUAUUUGGUAAUAAGUCCCACUGUGUUCAGUAGAAGUUAUAUGUUAGUAAGGGUGUUUAGAAUAGCAGCCUUAGGUUUUUAAGUAGGUAGCAUUUAAGAUCCCAAGGGGAAAAGUUGCUAUGAGAGUGUGCUGUGCUAAUUGUUUAGCCUUCUGCUGCUACCCAAUCUCCAUAAAGCUGAUUUUGUUCUCUUUCAGUGAAAUCAGGUGGCAGUGACGACUUAUAUCUACUUGUUGUCAUAGGGGUCCCUAAGGACCCAGAGUACCAGCAGUUACUUGUGAGAAUUCUGACAAAUAUUAUUUAUAUUUUAUGAUAACACUGAUUAAAAAUGUAAUUUAAUUUAAUUUUAUUAUUGUUCAAGGGAGUUAAGUGUGGAAAACCUAGUGCAUCCAUUUUGCCGAGGCAGAAACCUGGAAUGAAGUUAGCCUAAGGUGACUUUUUUUCCCCCACAUGCAAAAAUAUAUGCAUGAGUAGUUCAUUGCAUGCACAGAGCACCAGCCAGCCCUUAAUCAGCUGACCCACUUUUUGAAUUGAGGGGUGUUUGAAAUAUGGGUCAACUCAGUAUGAGCUGCCUAAGUGUCUGGACAAAAGGUAGAUAUUUCAGAAUAGACUCCUGCCUAAAACGUUCCGUUUCAAUUCUGAUUCUUCUGUCAGGUCAAAAUGGUGGUGUAAAUCAACUCCCAGGCUUGGACUAGGUAGUUAAGAUAGUAAACACACACACACACACACACACACACACACAGAGAGAGAGAGAGAGAGACAGAGACAGAGACAGAGACAGAGACAGAGACAGAGACAGAGACAGAGACAGAGACAGACAGACAGACAAGCAUUGAACUAGCCAGUUUGCGAACAUAAGAACAGCCUGCUGAAUCAGACCAGUGGCCCAUCUAGUCCAGCAUCCUUUUCACACAGUGGCCAACCAGAUGCCUGUGGGUAGCACACAAGGAGGACCUGAGCACAACAGCCCUCUCACCUCCCGCGGUUGCCAGCGACUGGUGUUCAGAUGCGUAUUGCCUCUGACAGUGAAGGCAGAUCAUGGCCACCUGGGCUAGUAGCUGCUGAUAGCCUUAUUCUCCACAAAUUUGUCAAAUUCUCUUUUUUAAGCCAACCAUGUUGAUGGCUAUCACUGCUUAUUGUAGGAGUGAUUUCCAUAGGUUAAAUGUGCUGUGUGAAGGAGUACUAUACAGAGGUACCUCUGGAUGUGAACGGAAUCCAUUCUGGAGCCCCAUUCGCAUCCAGAAACAAACAUAACCUGCGUCUGCAUGUCUGCGUGUGCACGGGGUGUGAUUCGGCGAUUCCGCGCAUGUGUGUGAUGUCAUUUUGAGUGUCUGUGCAUGCGUGAGCGGCAAAACCCAGAAGUAACGUGCUCCAUUACUUCCGGGUCGCCGUGGAGCACAACCAUAAAAUAUUCAUCCCGAAGCUACUUCAACCCGAGGUAUGACUGUACUGAAUUGAAAGCUGAGCCUCAUAUCGGCCGUGGUUAGUUGCAUGGAUACUAAAAGCUGACACUUUAAUUUUACAGAUGCCCAAGGUAAUUACUGAACUAGAAUUAAGUGGCGCUGUGGGUAAAACCUCAGUGCCUAGGACUUGCCGAUCGCAUGGUUGGCGGUUCGAAUCCCCGCAGCGGGGUGAGCUCCCGUCGUUCGGUCCCAGCUCCUGCCCACCUAGCAGUUCGAAAGCACCCUUAAGUGCAAGUAGAUAAAUAGGUACCGCUUUAUAGCGGGAAGGUAAACGGCGUUUCCGUGUGCUGCUCUGGUGCUGGUUCGCCGGAGCAGCGUCGUCACGCUGGCCAUGUGACCCGGAAGUGUCUGCGGACAGCGCUGGCUCCCGGCCUCUAGAGUGAGAUGAGUGCACAACCCUAGAGUCUGUCAAGACUGGCCCGUAUGGGCAGGGGUACCUUUACCUUUACCUAAGUAAGUACCCUGUUCCCCCCCCCCCCGUCAACUGUCAACUUGCUUUGUUCCGCCUGUGACAGUUCCUGGGGAAGACAUUAAGAAUAUGGUUGCCAUAUGUCCUCUUUUUCCAGGACACAUCCUUUUUUUCAUGGCUAGAGUCAUCAUAGUGAUCCAUAGUUAUAAGUAGAAGUUGACAAAUGAGUCCUCUUUUUUGAUCUUCACAAUAUGGCAACCCUAAUUAAGAAUUAAGGUGUUAAGAAUGUCAUUCUUUUAGCGGAUGCUUUGCUUUCCCAUCGUCCCGUAUAACAAUUAUUGCCGAGUAUAUACUGGAUAUAAACUAACCUCCGCGUAAGCUUUAUGUAAGCAAAUUAUAAUGAAUGCUCAAUAAAUAGGCCAUCUGAAUGGGCCCUAAGUUUCUCUCCUGGGUAUGGAGAGAAAAUCAACAACCUGCCUCUGUAGUUCUCUCCUGAAAGUUGCCUGUUUAGGACAUGUUUUACCCUUUUCUAGGAAUAUUUUAAAUUUAUCAAUUACAAAGAUUUCUCAUUGGAGGAGGGAGGAGAAUCCCUGCCAUAAGCAGGAUGCCUUUGCUCUGUGUAGGGAACAGGAUCCAAUUUGAAUCUGUUUAGCACUCAGUAAAUCAAAAGGCACAAGGUGGAACAGAAGUUUCUAGUUCAGCGCCUUCAGGGAAUGACUCAUCAGGACAGUGCCUUUUUCUAGGGCUGCUCAAGGGUACGCAAUACUGACACCUUUCCCUCUCCAAAUGUUUAAAGUGUGGCACUUACUGUAACAGCUUCAUGGUGAGUACCGGCACUAUUUUUUUCUAAAAAGAAAAGCAACCGCACUGCACCAGGAAGAACUGUAGUUGCUGCCAACCUGCAUUCCAGUCCAACCAUGGCUAGGCAACCCAGAAGGUGUUUGGUAUCUAAAGCUGAUGAGGCUCCAUCUGCAAUACUCCCCUUGUUCAUGUUCCAGCAUGGGUCAUCCACCAGAGUUUCGGUCUCCAAACCAGGCCAAAUUGGUUGCAUCCAGAUAUACCUUGAGUUGAGACACUGCUACAUGCUCUCAUUAUAACCUGUCUCUGACCUGUCACUGAAGGCUCCUCUAGCCAUCAAUAAUAUCUCCCCCCACCCCACCCAGUUCAAAAUAUCAAAUAAAGUACAUGUUCUGUUACAUAAACAUGGAUAUGUUUCAAAUCACAUAGAGGGAGAAAGUAGGAUGCAUGUCUGAUUUUUAAUAGUGAAAGAGGCACACAGUGCCAAACCCUUUCCCACCCACAGCCCACUCCCCUAUAGACCUUUCCAAUGCCCCCCCCUUAGCAGAAUUCCCAAUACCAGACAUUAACUUGACUGGCCGAAAGAGAACUUGGAGAGGGGUCACGAUUGCUAGCUCUCCAAUGCUCAGCUUGCUCUGAACCCUGCUCACCUCUUCUGUUGUCUCACACCAAUCCAAAUACUAAUCAUUGCUGUCCGAUUGGGAUGGAAAGAAGACCCACGCAGACAGAGAAGGCCCAACAUAAAGGUCCAAGCAAACAUUGCAGCCACAGAGCUCAUUUUGUUCAGCAAGUGAGCAUGGAGGGGAGUCUGGCAAUCACCCUAACAUUGCCGUGAGGCAUCCAUUGGCAACGCAUUGAUGGCUCCAGAGUUAAAAGAAUCAGGUACAGUGGUGCCCCGCAAGACGAAUGCCUCGCAAGACGGAAAAACCGCUAGACGAAAGGGUUUUCCGUUUUGGAGUUGCUUCGCAGGACGAAUUCCCCUAUGGGCUUGCUUCGCAAGACGAAAAUGUCUUGCGAGUCUUGAAAUUUUUUUUUCGCUUUCCCCCCCCUUUAUCUAAUCUGCUAAGCCUUUAAUAGCCUUUAAUAGCCUUUUAGCAGCUAAUCCCCUAAGCCUUUAAGCCUUUAAUAGCCGCUAAACCGCUAAUAGCGUUAAUAGCGCUAAUCCGUCAAUGGGCUUGCUUCGCAAGACGAAAAAACCGCUAGACGAAGACUCUCGCGGAACGGAUUAAUUUCGUCUUGCGAGGCACCACUGUAACUAGUGACAGAGAAGAUUUUCCUCUGCCAGAGAUCCAGGGGAGCUGCUGCCAGACAGAACAGACAAUAAAUAGUGGCCGAGGUAGCCAAAUAGUCUGACACGGAAUAAGGCAGAUUCCUGUAAAUGAAGUCAGGUGAUACUUGCUUCUUCUCAGGGGUUACCGUAUUUUUUGCACCAUAACACUCACUUUUUUCCUCCUAAAAAGUAAGGGGAAAUGUCUGUGCGUCUUAUGGAGGGAAUGCCUACGGGUGGCAUGCCUACGGAUUUUCCUCCUCUAAAAACUAUGUGCGUGUUAUGGUUGGGUGCGUGUUAUAGAGCGAAAAAUACGGUAUUUCCUUAGUUCUGUAUAGUUCAAAACACUGUACGCAGAAGUACAUUUCCCAACCACUUUCCAGGCAACUGCUGUGUUCUCUCUGUUGAGCAGUGGCACCUUGGAGUUGUGGUUGUGGUGGUUCUUGCUGUGAUUUGAUAACCUCUCUAUUUUUGACAAUAAGAUGAAUUAGAGCAGCUAUGUAAGUGCUGUUGACACCCCCCCCCUUACUCUGUUCUGUGUCCUUUGCCUCCUUUUUUCUUCUCUGUGCCCUGCUUCCAUCUGCGGACAGGCAGCUCCCAUAGUAGUGCACUGUCUUCCAUACAGGAUUGCUAACAUUACUUGGCCUGUCAUAUUUUUUAAUGGUCUUCCUCUGGUUCCCUUUAACAGUACCUAGACAUGCAGAAAUGUAACACACAAUGCUUUUCUUGCCAUGAAGCUAAGGGGCUAGGAAAAAGGCUUCACCUGCUAAGCAUAUGUGUUCAGGUAUCAUUAAAUGUACAGGAGCAAGAUUUGUUGUUGUUUUAAAAAGUGGGGAGAAAGUAGCAGUCCUCUGUAUGUGGUGUAAUUUAAGUGGAAAUUCUAAUGAUUAUUUGAUUAGUUUUCCUACUGCGGUUCUUGCAUUGAUGUUUUGAGUUACUGUUGCUUUGAGUAUAUGCUGUUUAAAUAUAUUUUGUAAACUCUCUUGGCAUUUGAUAAUAAAGGAUACUAUGUAUGAGAUUUCCCUUCACUUUCAUAGGCGAUGAACAGGACAUUCUAUCUAAAUACCACCCCCACCCACCCAAAAAAGCAAUUGUCAGUACUAUGUUUGACCAUAAAUUUCAUUGGCUUUGAAGUUGGGAAGAUGGAAAUAGACCUUCAGCUGUCUUCCUACACCUGAGAUCCUGUUUGGCAGCAAAUUCACAAAAGCACAAAAAUGAUGUUUGCUUUAGCCACUCUUAUUUCCAUUUUUGAAGACAGUUUGGUGAUUCCUAGUUCUUGCGUGCAGUAAUACAAUUUUGAAACCUAUAGUCAAACAACAGUUAACUUGAUGGACAUUAUAUAAAAAGAAUUCAUAACAUUAGUGGGCAGGUUGGUGUUCUUAUUACGUCUAAAACAUUUCCCAUCACUGUGUGCUUUAUCCUGAAUAAAUGUAGACAGAUUCCUGGCUUUUUCUAACUCUUGGCAAUAAAAUGAGCAAGUGAAUCCAACUGGAACUGUUGCAAAUGUUUAAAUUCACGAGGUUUAAAUUCUAUUUCAGUUGUGUACAUUAUAGAUCUUAACAUACGUAACACCCUCCAGCACUGACUAUGCGCUUAAAAAUAACACAAAAACAGUUUUAGCUUUCUGGUUCUCCCCACUGUGCUUUUAAAUCUUUCCUGUGUUGUUGCUGAGAAUAUUCAAUGCCUGUCACCUGUAUGACUUUCAGCAAUAAAAUAAUUAAAACAAAGCUUUAAAAAAAUAGAAGGGCAUUUUGUUUGUUGUCUCUCUCUAAAGCAAAUAAGGAAGGAAUAUUUGUGCUUUCUAACAAAUCAGUUACACUACAGCUCCUAGUGGUUUUGAAAGAUUGAAAUUGCUCAGUGUUUUUGUUUCAUGGGAUGUGCUGUGCCUGUGGGUUUGUAGCUUUAAUCUGGUCAUAAUGUCCUUCCUGGAGCAGAAUGUGCUUUUCAAGUCAGCCCACCCUUUCCAGGGCAGUGUUUGCUACUGCUGUGUAGUAGAUCAAAGCAGCUGGAAUCAAAUAUUCUACAUGGGAAUGCUUGGGCUUAUUAAAAGAGUAAUUGCUGGUCGUGCUGACAUUAUCAAUAGAGUGCAACCCUGAAGGUAGUGCCUCUGUGAACUUUCUCGGUUUUAAAAUUGCUGGCACAUAGUGCAAAAUGCUGAUUUUGGGGCAGAACCCAUUUGCAUCUGCUACGCAGCAUAAACAUAUUAUUAUGUCUAAUAGAAUGAUGAAAGUGAUGGUGUGAUGGAUGGUGGGGGCUGCACAAUUAUGGGAUAAAUACGUAGAGUGAGACCACCUCAUCUCUCAGACAACAAUCCCUUCUGAAAGGUGAAAAAUAACUUGGAUUCAUAAUGCUUGAAGUUGUCAGCUCUGCUUUUCUCUUUGCUAGCUCCUGUUAGUCUUGGUCUACAUAUAAAAUAAAAUGAAGUGAUAAAUUUUUGGAGGACAUAGGUUGAAGUAUAAACCUCCCAGUGAGGGGCACAGUUUUCGAAUGUUUCCCCACAUGAAACACAAACAAAAUUCUGUAUGAAGGAAACUGGGUAUAUGGAUUCUAGCUCAGUCCUUUUGUUGCGGUACUUGCUUUCUGUUUGCAGGGACACCUUUACUAUACUCUGAAAUGGUUUAUUCAAGGGGUAGCCAAUGCGGGGGCCCUUCCAAUAGUUAUGGACUACAACUCCCAUCAGCCUGCAGAGUGGAUGAUGGGAGUUGUAGUCUAGUAACAUGUGGAGAUACCAAAUUGGCUAUCUCUGGUUUAGUGCAUUCUGCCAUUUCACUGUGUUUCAUAUGUGGCGCAUUCUCAGAUGUGAGGACGAGAAUGACAUUGAAGAGCUUCCUGUUGUAUUUCUGAGAAUAGAUUUUUUUAAAAUGUAAAACUUAUCAGUUGUGCAGAUCGCUGGAUAUCUAUAGCCUCUGGCCAUAUGGUUAGGUUAAGCCUUAUGGUCGGCAUGCGUACAUAUGCAUAUUCACUGCUUGAUUUUUCUGCACUUGAGGCGUGAACCCAUUUCAAAACAUACUGGUGCUGAAAGACUUCUGUUCUGGAACGUGGAAAACAAGGGUGGCUGGAAACACUGUUUCACCUUUGCUUGAAGGGAAGCUUCAAAAUAAACAUCUGCAGACACACCUAGUAAGGCUCAUGUGGGAACAAUUACUGAUGGACUUGCAUCAUCUGACUCUCUGGUUCUAUCUCUUUGUUGCCACUCCUUGGUGUAUGCAGUCUUCCUGUAUUUAACUCUGCGGCUUAGACUUUUUGGUUACUAGACAGAUAUGGGCUGUGAGGUGAACUGGUAAAAAAAUGAAGAGCACUCAGAAUAUGAGUUUAAUGGCAACCCAGUAGGGACUAUGGAAUCUCUGCGAUAACCCUCCAGUCCUUGGAUUAAAAUGCCUCUGCAAAAUUUCCUGCAGGGUGGUGGUUGGUUUUUUUGGGGGGGAGAUUUAAAUAAACAGCCCUUAAAUCAUAUUUUAAAAGUUUGAAGCUAUAAUGCUUUUGCUCAACUAAGACUUCAGAAGGUUAAAACUGAUUGGAAGUGUACUGAAAUAAUUUUUGGAAAAGAUGCCAUACAGACAGAAAAUUGUCCAUCAGUGUGUAUGGAAUAAAUAAUGCUUUUCAUAUUUCCUAGAGUCCUGAGACUUGUGUCAGCUACACAUUGUACGUCAUAGGUUUUCCAUUUAGCACAAACCGGACCCUGGUUUUAUGCUAGAUGGAAAAUUUAAUCUCACAAUUUGUUAACCUCCUGUGAGCGGACAAGGAAAGUUAGUUGUAUUUUUCCCUGGUGAAAGCAAGAAAAAUAUGAUAAUAUGAUGGUAUAUUUAAUCAGGUGGAGCAUAUGAAUCGAGUUUGUGAAAGGGACAAGUCAAUAUUGGAUUUUAAUGUAGUCUUGUUGGUUCUUAAUUAUGCACUUUGUCCUGUGGAUUUGUUUAAUGAUUAUUGAUUUUGCUCUAACCUGUAUUAAUUAGGUAUUUCUCUUCCUGUUGGAAUAUUUUUGUUUCUCUUUUGUAUUUGCAAACCAUUUUUGAAUGGUGCUCUAAUAUUUUUUUAUGAAUUGUUUAGUGGAAUCUUAUCUAACACUUGUAUUAGUUAUGCAUCAUAUUAAGUAUCUGUUGUGCUUUAACUAUUGAGUUAUUGCAGACUAUUUUUUCUGGGCUGGCUUUUUUAAUAUUGUAACGCAAUAUCAGCUUCAUGUAAAGCAUCUGAGCACACAUGGAAAGUAGUAUACACAUAAAAUUAACACCGAUAAAUUGGAAGCUAUGCACCAAUCAGGCAAUGAGUAUUCUAUUAAUGCUACUUCUUGUAUCUUAAUUUGCACCCACAAAAAAGUAUCUAGGGUUUUAUUAUUAGUAUGGCUCCAUUAUGUCAUCAAAUUGUUGCAGCCAGUCUGUUCCAUUAAUAAGAGAUGUCGAUAUCCUUUGCCACAUAUAUUGAUUAUUUUUGAAGUGGUGGGUUUUCUGUACAGUGAACAAAAGUUUGGGCUUUUAAUUCUAACUAUUAUUUGUUUUCUUCCUUUUCUCUGCAGCUGGAAUGUGCACUGUUUUCCCUAUACUUUUUUAA